GUGGAGUUUUAAAUGAAGUUCUACGGGAUCGUCAGAGAUCACGUCAGUGUCGCACUGGAGUACAAACACCUGGAUCAGCCGUGAACCGGUGGUAGUUGGUACACAGGCCAAUCCUUUUGUUAGCCCCAGGCGUGCUUCACUCACAUUGAUUGAAAGCUAAUUUAUCACAACCACAUACAUAACUACAUACUGUUCAAUUCCCAUAUUUUGCCUACGAUGUUAGCUACCGAAUAUGGGAGGGCAAACUACAUGCUGCUGGACCCGAUGACUGCCAACCCCCCGGCUACUUCGGUGGACUCAAUCACCAACACGUGUGAUCUCGAGCACACAUACUUUCCUCGCAGAUCGAUAUUUAGGCAACGUAAGGGUACAAUGGUUCCGUUGCGAUGGUACGUGAAUAAAAUACCUGAAGAGAAUACUAGUUUAACUAAGUGUAAGCUGUUGUUUGAGCCUGAUGUGGUGGAGGUCAGGUUAGGAACCCCUGCACGCUCAGUGUUUGGUAGUCAGGAGCUUCCUCAUGCCGCCAGGCGUAGGGCUGGGAUGCUUGUAGCAUCUGGACUGGAUGCUGCUGCUAACUGCGGCAACUCUGGUGUUGAGAAGUCUGGUAUCAAUGUGGAAUACAGGACUGCCAUGGAUGUGCAAGUGCAAUUGCAUCUGCCUGCUGAUAUCCUUGAGGAUCUGUACACCCCCCCACCCAGUCCAAAGCCUUGCCGCAGCGAAAGUAACAAUCUAUUAGACCUACACACAAAUACGCUUUUAAUAUGUGAAGAGAGUAAUAGUAUUGACUCAGGCGCUGGCCUGGAAGACGAUGUGAUGGACUUUGAGCUUGCGCUUGAUGUUGAAUCCUUGCCUGUAGAGUAUGAUCUGAGCAGCUUGAGUCCAAGGUUCUCAAGACCUGGAUUGUGGAGCUACAACGAUCCCUCGAUGAGCUAUGCUACCAUGGAGGAUGCGGAUGACGAUGAUGUAUUCAUGAGCUUUGGGAGGCAGUCGUUUGACGAAGGAGUUUUGUCGAACGCUUAAGAUAUAGAAUAUGCUCUUUGAAUAGUAAGGUGUGGAUGUAGUGUAAUGUAGUUAUGGGCAUCGAGGGACAGCGAGUUUGUACCUGAAUGCGAAUCCGUAAUGAUGUAUAAGUAGAUAGUGAUAGAAUUAGGUAUGGUGUAAUCGUGACGAGAGAGAGAACGAAGGAAAGUCUCAGUGCCGGGAUCAGUGUGGUCGCAGUGGUACGUUAUACCGUCGAGUGGUCUGUACUGGUGACUGCUUCUCGAGAAAAUGGGAUAUAUAUAUAUAUACAAAUAUAUAUAUAUAU